AUGAUUCACGAUGCUGGUCUGGACUACUAUGGCCGCCGGCUGGCGACAUGCUCCUCCGACAAAACGAUAAAGAUCUUCGAAAUCGAGGGGGAAUCACACCGUCUGGUCGAGACACUGAAGGGCCAUGAAGGUGCUGUGUGGUGCGUCGCAUGGGCUCAUCCCAAGUUCGGCACAAUUCUGGCCUCUUCCUCGUACGACGGCAAGGUUCUGAUAUGGCGUGAGCAGCCUCAAAAUGCAACCUCCCCAUCGGCUGGUAGCACUUGGACCAAGGUCUUCGAUUUCUCCCUCCACACUGCUUCCGUGAACAUGGUCUCGUGGGCCCCCCAUGAAAGCGGUUGUCUUCUUGCCUGCGCCUCCUCCGACGGCCAUGUGAGCGUUCUCGAGUUCCGCGACAACAACUGGACUCACCAGACCUUCCAUGCCCACGGAAUGGGCGUCAACUCGAUUAGCUGGGCUCCCGCUGCUUUCGCAGGUAGCCUGGUCAGCUCCAACCCUGGACCCGGUCAACAGCGCCGCUUUGUGACCGGUGGAAGUGACAAUUUGGUCAAGAUUUGGGACUACAAGUAUGUAUUUGAGGAUCCCCAGCAGCGAUCUGUUCCCAAACUAACUCGAUCUAGCGCGGAAUCCAAAUCCUACAACCUCACACAGACCCUUGAGGGUCAUUCGGACUGGGUCCGCGAUGUCGCCUGGUCCCCGAGCAUUCUCUCCAAGUCUUAUAUCGCCUCCGCCUCGCAGGACAAGACCGUUCGUAUCUGGACCUCGGACGCUUCCAACCCCGGUGUGUGGUCGAGUCAAACACUGGAGUUCGACUCUGUUUUGUGGCGUGUGAGCUGGAGUCUCAGCGGUAACAUCUUGGCUGUCAGUGGUGGUGAUAACAAGGUCAGCUUAUGGAAGGAGAACCUCAAGGGACAGUGGGAAAAGGUCAAGGAUAUCGAGGAAUAG